AUGGCAAUGCAGACAACUGCUAUCCAAGAAGAUAAAGGCAAUGGGAUAUUUCAUAAAGCUAUGAGCUCAGAGAAGCCUGUUUGGAUCCCUGGACCAGUGAUCAUUGGCGCUGGACCCUCAGGGCUAGCUGUUGCAGCAUGCCUUAAAGAAAGAGGUGUUCCCUUUUUGAUACUAGAGAAAGAGAGAUGUAUAGGUUCUCUGUGGACACUGAAGACAUACAAUCGUCUACAGCUUCACCUCCCAAAGGAAAUCUGCAAACUUCCUCACAUGCCAUUCCCUCCUGAAGUCCCAGCAUACCCCACUAAACAACAGUUCAUAAGUUACUUGGAGGCUUAUGCUCAGCAUUUCGCAAUUGAACCCAUGUUUAGACAGGAGGUUCAAUCAGCUAUAUAUGAUGCAAGAAUGGGGUUCUGGAGGGUCCAAUCCAACGAGUCUGAGUUUCUGUGCCGGUGGUUUAUCGUAGCAACUGGAGAGAAUGCAGAACCAGUGUUACCUAAUAUUGAAGGAAUCUCAGAUUUUAAAGGAAGUUUAAUCCACACCAGCAGAUACAAGGACGGAGCUGAUUUUAAAGGACAAAAGGUUUUGGUUGUAGGCUGUGGAAACUCAGGCAUGGAGAUUAGCUUAGAUCUAUGUAAUAAUGAUGCUCAAGUUUCUCUGGCAGUGAGAGAUAAGUUACACAUCUUGCCUAGGGAGGUCCUUGGCAGAUCAACCUUUUCUCUUUCAAUGUGGUUGUUGAAUUGGUUCCCAGUAAAAUUAGUUGACCGGUUCCUCCUCAUCUGCUCACAAUUAAUUCUAGGCGACACACAUAAAAUGGGCAUACGAAGACCCAAAAUGGGACCACUUGAACAAAAAAAUUCUACUGGGAAAACCCCAGUGCUGGAUGUUGGAGCUUUCUCUAAAAUUAAAUCAGGAAAAAUCAAGGUGGUUUGCGGUAUUCAAAGAUUUACAGCCAGCGGCGCAGAGUUUGUGGAUGGACAUGUAGAGAAUUUUGAUUCAGUAAUCUUAGCAACAGGUUAUAGAAGCAAUGUAACAUCAUGGCUCAAGGAGGACAACUUCUUCAACGAGAAGGACGGUUAUCCAAGAAAUCCAUUCCCCGACAACUGGAAAGGCAAGAAUGGACUUUACAGUGUUGGUUUUACCAGGAGAGGAUUGUUGGGUUCAUCCAUUGAUGCACAAAGAGUAGCAGAAGAUAUUGCAAGACAAUGGAACUGUGAGACAAAGCAUUUGCGAAUCGAGUCAUGACCAGAACUUGUAUAUGCGGUUUAUUUAUUCAGAGUUUAACGUGCUGUUUAGGGUUUAUGUCGAGUAUCAACAGCACAGGAAAAAUGUGUUCUCAGUGCUAGAGGAGUGCAAUUACUGGGAAGUGUCUGUUUGAUUGUUUUCUACAUGAGGUGAUGUAGUGCUUAGUCACAAAAGAGUUGUUUGUUAAGCUUCCAUUCCUAACAUCUGCUAUCACAUCACAUAGAGCUUGACCCUACCAUAUAGAUUAAGAUUUUCUUCAAGAAAAGAGGAUAUCAUAUGAAUGCACAAUGACUAUCAUAAUGUUCUUCUCCUUUCAAUAUUCCCCUGCUUCCUAUCCUGAUGGUUAUAAGAAAAUUAAUGUUUUUAUGAAUUAGAUGGGUAAAUUUUUUUCUAUUCUUGACUGUGAUUUCUCUCUCCUGUAUUUCUUAUGAGGUGAAAUGAAGAAAUAAAAAUACCAAGA